AUGGUGCGCUUCAACUUGUCCAACAUACUCGAAGCAGGCUUGUUAAUUGUUGAAGGGGAACAGCACCGGAUGCAGAGAAGGAUCCUGAACCCUGCAUUUGGCCCUGCUCAAAUCCGAGAUUUGACGGGGAUCUUCGUAGAGAAGUCGAUGCAGCUGUGCGAUAUCUGGAGGGCGGAAAUAUCAAAGUACGGCGAGCCCGCUAGAGUGGACGUACUCAGCGGACUGAGCAAGGCUACGCUCGACGUAAUAGGAUUAGCCGGCUUCAACUAUCAUUUCGACACUCUCAAUCCUGAGGGCAAGGGGACGGAACUCAGCCAAGCGUUCGACGUCAUGUUCGGCUCACUCAGCGACGUCGCCAUUGAUUUCCUCCGCCUUUUCAAGGUGUUUAUCCCGCCGCUUCGUAUCUUCUAUACCGACGAAGAUGGAUGCUGCUCAGGCGGUGAUGAGGCGCAUCGGCAUGCAGCUCAUCGCGGACAAGAAGGCCGCGAUCUGAAAGCUGCUGAGUCUGGAAAGGAUAAAGAGAACGAUGAUGGAAGCAGUAUGCAUGGACGCGACCUGCUCACUCUUCUCAUCAAAGCGAAUAUGAGCACCGAUAUUCAGGAGAGUCAACGGUUGUCGGAUGAGGAUGUCCUUGCACAGGUCCCGACUUUCUUCGUCGCAGGACAUGAAACGACCAGCAACGCAACAACGUGGUGUCUCUUCGCACUGAGCAAGGCUCCCGAGAUCCAGCAAAAGCUGCGCGAGGAGCUCUGGAGCGUGCCCACCGAGAACCCCACUAUGGACGAGCUGAAUGAGCUCCCGUACCUCGAUGCCGUCGUGCGCGAGACGAUGCGUGUUCAUUCGCCUGUCCCCGCGACGAUGCGGAUGGCCGGCAAGGACGACAUUAUCCCGCUGAACACCCCGUACACGGACGUGCAUGAGGUACACGAUAGCAUCAAGAUUGACCAGGGCACACCUAUCGUGAUUCCGAUUCAGGCGAUUAACCGUGAGAAGGACUUGUGGGGCGAAGACGCGUUUGAGCUCAAGCCUGAGCGGUGGGAGUCGCCCCCUGACAUCACUCAGACGAUUCCUGGUGUUUGGGGAAACAUGAUGAGCUUCCUCGGCGGUCCGCGCUCGUGCAUCGGAUGUCGCUUCUCCUUGGUCGAGAUGAAGGCCCUGCUGUCCACUCUGGUUCGCGCGUUCGAGUUCGAACUUGCGGUGCCGGCAAGCGAUAGUACGAAAAAGAUAGGGAUUGUGCAGCGUCCAUUCGUUACGAGCGAGAUGGAGAAGGGCAACCAGCUGCCUUUGCUCAUCAGGUCGUACGUGCGAGGAUAA